AUGGCACACUCGCAUCCCACCAUCUUUGUCAGCGGCUUUGUAUCCAUGCAGAUGCUACACAUGCCAGCCUUUGCUGACCAGCCGCGCGCUGUGGCCUCGUUCCCUCUGCCGCACGCCUCGUUUGUGGCGGUCAUGCCUGGGGAUGACAGCCGCCCGGGCGGCGGAGAUAACGCUGGAUUGGGACUGAUCAUGACCACCUUUCAGGCCAUCGGACAUGGGACGGUGGUGUGGCAGGGCGGUAUCGGGGCUGUGUUCAACGGGUCGGCUCUGCCGGAUGCGGUUGUCCUCAACUCUGGCCUCUCUUGGCCAAAUCAGGUCACGUACUCGGCUGCUGCGCCCGACGGCCCACUGGCCACGCCGGCACUACUCGUUGGUGACGGCUUUCUUGUCCCCGGAAAGUCGACAGGCAGUGUGUACGCUCUGCCGCUCGCGGCGACAGGAUCGCUGCCUGACGCCGCAUCUCCCGUGGCGCUAGCGCCGCGCAAGGACGGCUACUUUUACCAUCGGGCGGUGUGGAUUGACAUGGACGGCGAUGGUGUCGACGACAUCCUUACCGCGCGAGCUACCAAGCCAAUCUUUGGUCCGUCAGGUGGCGAGCUGGUUUGGCUGCGCAAUCCUGGUGGCCGGAAUCCGCUUGCUGUCGCGCCGUGGCCGCUCACAGUCAUCACCAGCCAUGGCUGCGACGUCGAGUUUGCCAUCGACGCCCACGCCGCUGCACCAGGCUCGAUCCACGUCUUUUGUGCCUCGUUCUUUGCCAAGCAGUUGACUCUCAACGUGGUCUCCACCUCGAAUGCUUCGCUUCUGCACCACUUGGUCAUCGACUCGGGCUUGCCGCUCGAGUCGAUCACGGUGGUCGACGUCAACGGCGACGGGCUACUCGAUCUGCUCACCAACACGCACACGGACGUGUCCGCAGACUCGGCCGUCCUCGCCUAUGAGUUUCCGGCCGAUGUGCUGUCUGGCUCGUGGCCAAAGCACGUUGUGGCCUCUGGCUUCAACACCACAGAGCGCUCGCCCGGCCCACAGGCCUCACCCGGCUUUACCUACGCUGCGCACGUAUCAACUACUGCCAAGCGGCCGACGGUCCUCAUCGCCGGCGAUGGCGCCCAAGCCGCGUUUCAGGCUGCGCCCAUGGGCCCUCCGUCGUCCUGGGCCUUUGAGCUCUCCACCAUCCUUGCUGUCGAUGGCGUUGUAGGCUCGCUCGCUGUUGCCGAUAUGAACGGCGACGGCUGGCUCGACCUCGCCGUCCCCGACUACGAUCACGGCGUCGUCCAUCUCCUCACCUAUGCCGACCAACUGUAA